AUGAAGUUUCUGUUCCGCAGCAGCAACAAGCACAGCAAAACCGCAACGCCCCCGGUUGCUAGUACGGUUCCCACGCACAGCCAACACUUGCGAGCCGAGAAUGAACAACCACAACCGCAGCAACCACAACAGCAACAGCACCAACACGAUGACAUGGCUCUCUGUGAGUCUUCUACUCCGCAUGUGAAGAAACCCAAACAUCGCAAAGGACGGCAAAAGCAGCAAAAGCGGCGCCAGUCGCUGGAAGCCAUGGAUGUCCCGUUGCGUCAGUCCCGAGCGGCACUCAGUAAUUCCCUCAUGAGCACAAGCACCGCGAGUACGGUCCGGACCGGGUUUACCACGAGCAACAACAAUGCUGGCAAUAGCAAUACAAACGACAGCAACAACAACAACAAGACUAGCCGCCAUAAGAAACCAGUCUCCAUCACCCUCAGCAACAGCUCCAAUCAAAGUCGGGUCACAAACGGUACGGAAGCGACGACGUCCACCAUGUCGACGCGGUCCGAUUCGAUCACGACCAAUCGAACGUCCACAUCGACGACGGUGCAUAGUUCCAUCACGACGCGGGGGUCCAUGUGGAGUGGUGGGUCGCCAUCGUUUGCAGGGAGUGUCACUACGGGUAAUAGUACGGGGGGAUAUCACGGGAGAACCAUUCAAAUGAUCAAAAGUCAGCAAUGGGGAAGUCAUAGAAGUCUAGAUGAUGAUGAUGAUCAUCAUACGGGCAGCGACCAUGCUCUGCAGGAAGAAGAGGAAGAAGCUUUCUUCGAACGGACGAGUGCCAGGUCGGUCGCUGCUUCUUUGGGCAAGGCAACCCAGGGGUCACAGGAGCUGCAGGCAGUAGAUGAACAUCAGUCCUUUCAUCAACUGGAAUUCGACCAGCAAAGUUCGUCAUCGUCGUCCUCCUCGUCGUCCUCCACACCCGAAGAACAGUCUGCGCAGUCGAGUUCACGAGACAGGGACACUGUCACCGUGGGAACGGCCGUAUCCGCAAUCUCGGGCAUCUCCUCACUCUACGAGAUUUCGUCGUCCCACGAUCCCCUGCUAGAUGGGACACCACACCCGGAAGCAGACCACGACCAUGUCCUACUGCCGCCUCCAUCCUCAGCAUUACACCAGAUGUCUGCCUCACCAGCGCCGCCAACCACAACAACGACACUGCCGCAGUCGUCCUCAUCGGCCGCGCUUCGUCAACAGCAUCAGCCAUUUCCCACAAACAACUACUUGGACACGUCCAUUACAGACCCGAAAAAGGAUCAUGCCUUCCAACUCGUACCCAACAUUCACAAGGAGCUGGGGAUGGUCCAUCGAGAUUUCAAUUCCAUCAAGGAAGCCACCACGCACUUUCUGACGCAAGACAAGCGGCUCAAGCCCAUUCUCAGUCUGGACAUCGAACUGCCUGGAAACUUGCAUGCCGGAAGGACCAUCUUUGCACAUCCACUCAUUGUCGAAGCCAUCGAAACAUAUUUUGCCGUCGUGACCAAUACGUUCGACACGCUACCACAAGAGUUUCAUGCCAAUGUCAAGGGAGAUCGUCACGACGAUCAUCAUGAUGUCAGCGAAUCCACCAGCACGUCGUGUUCCAAAAUGAGGGGCAACUACCUGUACACGCGCAUUCGUAUUUUGGAUCCAUUGACCGGAUGCGACCUGGUUCCCUGCGUAGAUGAUCGACACUUGUCCCGGGCGGCUCUGUUGCAGGCCAUGAUGGAUGCGCUCGCCAUGGUAUGUCCCGACCAGCCGCUACCACGGUACCUGACCAACCUGUUGGAAGAAGAACAGGCCACCAUUCAUGCGGCGGCACUGUUCCAUCGACGACAAGAUUUGAAUUACUAUUACGGAGCUACAACCACGACCAUUAUUGCCGAACAAGAAUUGGCACACCAUCAUCACACGUUGUCCCAAGAAGAACCAAAGGCGCCCAUGGCUGUGUUUGGACUGGAGCAUACGGCAUUGGGGGAAGUUGUCUUUGCCGAACUAGAAGGGGUUCUAUCGACGCAGUGUGGAUGGGUCAUUCCGCAAUUGUCGUCCUCGUGCAAAGCAGCCCCAGCCAGCGCAGCAGCCACGUCCGAAACUACUGCUAGUACAGACAAAGACAAAAAGGACCAUCCACCGGACCGACAAGCCGUUAUUUUGGUGUCUUAUGAUCCUCACCGACUCAGUUAUUGUACGCUGGCCAAGUUUGCUGUGCAACAGCAUGCUCUUCAGCGAUUGGGAAGACCGUCUUGUCUGACGUUUUACUACACCAGUCACGAACAACAAGUGGCGGCACAAAUGCACACGCGAGCACACUACCGACAACUUAUUGCACAGGUGGACCCCAACAACCCGGCACAGCAUUAUUACAACACUAGUUGCAAUAGCAGCACGACGAGUGGGUGCGGUUCGUCGACGACCUCUUCUGCGUGUCCACCGUCACACGAGACAAUUCGGAUUGUUCCCUUGCAACAACGAGACCACAAGGGAGAACCGUUACACGACAACAAUAAUGACAACAGUCGUCGUCGCAAUGGCGGGAAAAUGGGCAUCAGCGGCAAUGGCAGCCGCAGCAGCGCCAGUUCGACCGGAAGCAGUUCGGAAGAAUCCCUCACAGCCAUCAUCCCCAGAGACAACAGAAAGAACAAUUCGAAGAACAAGACGCACCCUGGAUACAAGGUGCCCAAUUACGAUGGCGUCGUGGCACAUGCUGCGGCCAAGGCUGCUGCGGAGGCUGCGGCGGGCAAGGGGACGGUUCAGCGGUAUUCUUUCGUCCUGAAGACCAUGUGUGGCGAAUCGUUACAGCUUCAGUGCAGCAAACCAGCCCUGAGGGAAAGCCACCUGCGGUUUGUUCCUCUGACACCAUUUCAAGCGACCCGCGCGAAUCAGUUGGUGUGCCAGGGCAAGUUUCAUCUCGCCAUGAAGUUGUUAUCGCCACGACAAGGAAUGGUUCUGAUGCAUGCCCUGAGAUCCGGCAAACCGAGGAGGUGUCUGGCAUGCAGCAGCAAUCCAAGAACAUCAACAACGGCUACUGCGUCUACCGCGACGGGGAAGAAACAAGCGCCGCCGGCUGCAGCUUCGCCCAAGAAAGCGAACAACAAAACGACACCACCCGACAAGAAACCAUUGCCAACAACAAAGCCAAAACAACCCUCACCGACGAAACCCGCCAACACGACCAAGGCAAGCACCAAGUCCCCAGCCACAACGAGCAAUGCGUCGCCCAAGAAAGGCAAAGCAGCGUCACCGGGAGCAAAGUCGGGCACAGCUCGCAGGGUGUCGACCACGUCUAUCGAAUCUGGGGCGUCUUCGUCCAAACCGUUAAAGGCGACGAAUAAUGGCGGCAAGAAAGCCACGCCAAAGCGAAGGUCGUCUGCCAAGCCAACGACAGCAACCCCCAACAACAAGGCGGUUCCAAGCAACUCCAAAUCGACGCCACCCAACACGAGACAACUGCGACGCGUGGCUACCACGGAUGGUCUCAGCCCAAUCAGAAAAUUCCCCAGACAGGCGCCUCGCAUGUCUCUCAACACGGAAGCCUUGCAGGCAUCCAUCGGAGCUGCAGCGGCAUCGUUGCAGCAAGAAGAGGAAGCAGCUGCUCGGCGAAGGUCAUCCCGGCGGUCCUCUAGGCGCGCUUCCUCUAGGCGAUCUUCAAAUAGCAUCGUCAGUAUCGGAGAGCCGUCUCCUCCUGUCGCCACCAUUGAUACAUCCAAAUCGUCCUCUACCUCGUCUUAUCAUGCCGCUGCAGAGUUCCACAGCAAGACAGAUGAUAUUUUGUACAAGGAUGUUGUGGAUGUUCCUAUAUUGGAAGCUUGGAAGGCGUUUGUUGUUUUUCCGGAAGGUUGGCCUGCCGAUGGCGAGGACGACGAUGACUCCUAUUUGUGGGGAAUGAAUGAUGUUUACUCGCAGGAUGGUGAUGACCGUGUGUACUAUACAAGCGACGAUACCUACAGCAUUGGCAGCUAA